UCUGCUCAUAUUUCCUGUCAGUGAACUCCAGGUUGUUCAAACAGCAGUGAUUACUUCAGAGGGGUAUGUUACUCAUUACACAUAGCACUAGAACCUCUUUGCCUUUGAGUAUAAGAAGGUGUGUGAGCACAGUCACAUUCUUCACAUUGUGUUGAGCCUCACAGAGCUGCUGCAGACUCCGGUGCACAUUGGUAAAGGAGGAACCAGACCUUCUAGAAAACAUGGACUUCACUGGAACAUGGCAGGUCUACUCUCAAGAGAACUACGAAGAGUUCCUCAAUGUCAUGGGACUCACAGAAGAUGUCAUCAAGAUGGCCAAGGAUAUCAAGCCAAUUACUGAGAUCAAGCAGAAUGGCAACGACUUUGUUGUCACCACCAAGACCCCUGGAAAGUCUGUGACCAACUCUUUUACCAUUGGCAGGGAGGCCGAAAUCACCACCAUGGAUGGCAAAAAGGUCAAGUGUACUGUUAACCUGGAGGGUGGCAAACUGGUCUGCAGAACCGGAACGUUCUGCCACAUCCAAGAGCUCAAGGGAGAAGAGAUGGUUGAGACUUUGACCAAGGGGUCAACAACCCUCAUCAGGAAGAGCAAAAAGAUAUAAACCUGGCACUGAAGAAACCAGUCUAUUUAAAUAAACAUUUUGCUUAAUAAAUGUGGUUUGUGUCACAUUCUUGUCCAAAUGCCCAUGCA